CAAUAAAGUUUCCGGUUUUGGAGCAAAUCAAGCCAUUGUCGCCUCCUGUAGUUAUUCAUUUCCGCCACCAGGUGCCGCUAAUCGGCUGCCUUUAUUCUUCAAACUGUACGGCGUCCGAUGUGGGACAAAAUUUGCAUUAGGAAAAUUUCCUACUUUUCAUAUGAAUUGAAUGAACUGGUUUUCAGUACUUUAGCACAUUAUUAGUGGAGAAAUGUUUUAUCACUAAGCCCUCACUGGGUGCUCGUCCAGGAAGGCAGACAGUGACACCGGAGCCGUAAAGUGAAGUCACAGCGGUGUGCGGACACCAGCCAGCAUCGCCACGGCACUUGUGACUUUUUUUUUCUCCUAAGGAACGGGUCUGUCCAUCCGGAGGCAGACCUACAGGAUGAUGAAGAGCCGCCUAGUUUCGCCGCAGGAUUUCUCACCUUCACCCGCCGCCUCCUAAACCUUCAAAUCAGGCAUUAGAAACAGAAACAGACUUGUCUUAGGAGGGGCUGACGUCACAGGAGAGGGAGCAGGCGAACUGAUAACCAGGAGCCAUGGAGGAGCAGGGGCCGGUGAGCAUGGAUCACCUUCUGGAGCAGGUGAUGCACAAGGACCUGGGCAGGAGACUGCAGGUGGGCCAGGAGGUCACGGAGCUGCUGAUGAGCGAGGAGAGGUGCCCGGACCUGGAGCAGGACCAGGCGGCGCUGGACCGGCUGGUGGAUUCUGUGGCCAGCUCCUGGGUGAACUCCAGCAACUUCAAGGUGGUUCUGCUGGGGAUGGACAUCCUUUCUGCUCUGGUCGGCAGACUGCAGGAGAGGUUCAGAACUCAGGUGGGAACAGCUCUGCCAAGCCUCAUAGACCGACUGGGAGACUCCAAGGAUCAGGUUCGAGAGCAAGACCAGGCUCUGCUGCUGAAGAUCAUGGACCAAGCGGCCAACCCGCAGUACGUGUGGGAGAGGAUGAUAGGAGGUUUCAAGCACAAGAACAACCGAACCAGAGAAGGACUCUGCCUGUGCCUCAUCUCUACUUUGAAUGUGUUUGGAUCUCAGAGUCUGACUCUCAGUAAAAUCGUCCCUCACAUCUGUAACCUAUUAGGAGACCCUACCAGUCAGGUGCGCGACGGAGCCAUGAACUGCCUGGUGGAGAUAUACCGCCACGUCGGGGAGCGAGUGAGGAUGGACCUGGGAAAAAAGGGCCUCCCACAGUCAAGGCUGAACAUGAUCUUCAGUAAAUUCGAUGAAGUGCAGUGCUCGGGAAACAUGGUUCUGUCACCUAUGUCAGAUAAGAACUUCGAGGACGAUGACUCGGUGGACGGCGGCCGCUCGUCAUCCUCGUCCAAGGCCACCUCACUGUCGGGGAGGAAGGUGGUGAGCAUGGGCUCGUUCCGCCGGCCCGCCUCCGCCAACAAGUCUGCAGCGACUGCUGGGGCUGUGGAUGAGGAGGACUUCAUCCAGGCUUUUGAAGAUGUUCCUUCAAUACAGAUCUACUCCAACAGGGAGGUGGAGGAGGCCCUGACUAAGAUCCGAGACGUGCUUUCCGAUGACAAGCGGGACUGGGAGCUCAGAGUGGCAGCUCUCAAAAAGUUGCGUUCGCUGCUCCUGGCUGGCGCCGCCGAGUUUGACGGCUUUUUGCAGCAGUUACGCCUGAUGGAGGCGGCAUUCAAGUUGUCGGCCAAGGACCUACGGUCUCAGGUGGUGAGGGAGGCCUGCAUCACUCUGGGUUACUUUUCUUUAGUUCUCGGCGGACGCUUCGACCACGCAGCCGAGGCCGUCAUGCCCACCCUCCUUAACCUGGUUCCCAACAGUGCCAAAGUCAUGGCCACGUCAGGCGUGGCCGCAAUCCGCCUCAUCCUCAGACACACGCACUUUCCCCGACUCAUCCCCAUCAUCACCAGCAACUGUACUUCCAAAGCUGUGGCUGUCAGGAGGCGCUGCUUCGAGUUCGUGGACCUGCUGCUGCACGAGUGGCAGGCGAGCAGCUUGGAGAGACACGUAGCCGUUCUCAUGGAAACCAUCAAGAAAGGGAUUCAUGAUGCCGAUGCAGAGGCCCGCUCUGUGGCCAGGAAGUGUUACUGGGGUUUCCACGCCCACUUCAGCAGGGAGGCGGAGCAGCUGUUCCAGGCUCUGGAGUCGUCCUAUCAGAAAGCUCUGCAGGCUCAUCUGAGGAGCGGAGACAGUCUGAUGUCUCUGCCCGCGUCUGACCGCUCCUCCUCCUCGUCUCAGGAGAGCCUCAAUCGCCCCCUGUCUGUGAAGAACAGCGUUGGAAGCAGCAGAUCCAAAGCGGUCCCCUCCACCAGGAAGCCCGCCACGGCCUCGUCUCCAGGCUCGCUCCACCGCUCUCGCAGCGACGUCGACGUCAACGCCGCAGCCUCCGCCAACGCUCGCACCAGGAUGAGCGCCGUCUCCUCGGCGGUGCCGUCCUCCCCCUUCAGCUCAGCCUCGGCGCUUCCUCCUGGAUCGUACGCCUCUUUAGACGCUUCGCGGUCUGUCCACGCAGACGGUCGGGUUCGAACGAGGAGGACGAGCUCCGGAAACAGCCCCUCCCUGACGGACAGCCGCGGGCGCAGCCGAGGGAAGGUCGUCUCUCAGUCUCAGCCUGGCAGCCGGUCUGGUUCUCCAGGGAGACUCCUCACCUCCACCUACGGCAGAAUCCCCAGACCCACCAUGGGCGCCCCCUCCCCUCAAACCCCCACCAGCAUCAGCAGCAGCUACAGUGAGAAAAACCGUCCCAGAGGCCACCGAAGUCAGGGAUGCAGCCGGGAUAACAGCCCCACCAGAUCGGGCGCCGCCCGGAGUCGCAUCCCUCGCCCCAGCAUGAGUCAGGGCUGCAGCCGCGAAACCAGUCGCGAGAGCAGCCGCGACACCAGCCCCGCCAGGGGUUUCUCCCCCCUGGUGAGCCGCCGCCACUCCCGCUCCACCAGCGCGCUGUCGUCCGCAGAGUGCUGCUCAGACCGGCUGUCCCAUCAGGCUCGGAUCUCCGCUUCCGUCAACGCAAUGAGGAUCCUCAACACAGGCACAGAGGUGGAGGCCGCCGUCGCAGAUGCUCUGCUCCUAGGAGACUCCAGGAGUAAGAGGCGCCCGGCGCGGCGACGCUUCGAGUCCCCCGGCAUGUACUCGGACGACGACGCCAACAGCGACGCCUCCAGCGCCUGCUCGGAGCGCUCGUACAGCUCGCGCAACGGCGGGGUGACGCCGCACUACAUGCGGCAGAUGGAGGACGUGGCCGAGGUGCUGAACCACUGCGCCAGCGCCAACUGGUCCGAGAGGAAGGAGGGUCUGCUGGGGCUGCAGAACUUACUCAAAAGCCAGAGGAUGCUCAGCCGCGUGGAACUGAAGCGGCUCUGUGAGAUCUUCACCAGGAUGUUUGCAGACCCUCACAGCAAGGUCUUCAGCAUGUUCCUGGAGACCCUGGUGGACUUCGUCGUUCUGCACCGGGACGACCUGCAGGACUGGCUUUUUGUCCUGCUCACCCAGCUGUUGAAGAAGAUGGGAGCCGACCUCCUGGGCUCUGUCCAGGCUAAAGUCCAGAAGGCGCUGGACGUCACCAGAGAGUCCUUCCCGUAUGAGCAGCAGUUCAACAUCCUGAUGCGCUUCAUCGUCGAUCAGACUCAGACGCCCAACCUGAAGGUGAAGGUGGCCAUCCUGCGCUACAUCGAGGCCCUGGCCCGCCAGAUGGACCCCGCCGACUUUGUCAACUCCAGCGAGACCCGCCUCGCCGUCUCCCGCAUCAUCACCUGGACCACCGAGCCCAAGAGCUCCGACGUGCGCAAGACCCUGCAAAGCUGGGCUGGUGAGGAGCCGUCAGGCCGAGCCGGCACUGUGGCCUCUCUGCCAGGGGAGGGCAACCUGGAGGAGAGGUGCAAGCAGGCGGCGCAGGUGGUGCUGAUCGCGCUCUUCGAGCUCAACACUCCUGAGUUCACCAUGCUACUCGGCGCUUUGCCCAAGACCUUUCAGGACGGCACCACCAAGCUGCUGCACAACCACCUGAGGAGCGCCAGCACUGCCGUCGCCAUGGCAGCUCCCAGUAACUCGGCCACGCGCACGCCUCCUCGCGCGCCGGGAAGCCGUGGCAGCCCGCUCACCUCGCCCACAAACUGCUCCCACGGGAGUCUCUCCUCCAGUCGCAUGUGGGCCUGGAGUGCAGACGGGCUCUCUACCUUUCCUCCCCCCUCCUCCUCUUUGCCCCCUCCCCCCGCUGCUGUCUCUUCCCUUAGGGUCGUGCGGCGAGCCUGCUCCCCCAGCACAAUGGAGUACGACAGUGAGAACCUGAACUCCGAGGAGAUCUACAGCUCCCUGCGCGGCGUCACAGAGGCCAUCCAGAACUUCAGCUUCCGCAGCCAGGAGGACCUGAUGGAGCCGCUGCGCCGCGAGGCCGGAGGCGCGGUGCCGUUUGACUCAGACCCUCGCUCCUGUGGAGAAGCAGUGGAAGGGGGGCGGACUGCUUUGGACAACAAAACGUCCCUGCUCAACACCCCCUCAGCUCGAUCCUUUACGGGGCCUCGCUUCAGGGACUACAACCCCGGCAACUACACGGACGGCCCCGGCUCGCUGGACAAAGCCGCUCUGUACGAGGACGGCGGGGAGCCCCGGCGGGACGCACGCCGACAGGAAUGUGUGGAGAACAAGAUCCUGAACCCCAAAAGCUUCCCUGCCUGUCCCACAGAGCAGUUGGAACUGGUUGGACAGCUGUUGAAGGAGCUGUCCCAGGGUCAGGGGGGGGAGAAGGGCCCCGAAGAGAGACGGGGGACGCUGCUGGAGCUGCUGAAGGUGGCACGGGAGGACGCCCUGAUGGUGUGGGACGAGCACUUCAAGACCAUGCUGCUGCUGCUCCUAGAGACGCUGGGAGACAAAGAUCACACAAUCCGGGCGCUGGCUCUACGAGUCCUGAAGGAGAUCCUGAGGAACCAGCCGGCUCGCUUCAAAAACUACGCGGAGCUGACCAUCAUGAAGGCGCUGGAGGCUCACAAAGACUCGCACAAGGAGGUGGUACGGGCGGCCGAGGAGGCAGCUUCCACGCUGGCGGGCUCCAUCCACCCAGAGCAGUGCAUCAAGGUCCUCUGCCCCAUCGUGCAGACGGCAGACUAUCCCAUCAACCUGGCUGCCAUCAAGAUGCAGACCAGAGCCAUCGAGCGCAUCAGCAAGGAGCCCCUGCACCAGCUGCUGCCGGACAUCAUCCCCGGCCUGCUGCAGGGUUACGACAACACAGAGAGCAGCGUGAGGAAGGCCAGCGUCUUCUGCCUGGUGGCCAUCUACUCCGUGAUCGGAGAGGAGCUCAAGCCAUACCUGGCUCAGCUGACCGGCAGCAAGAUGAAGCUCCUCAACCUUUACAUCAAGAGGGCGCAGACCUCCACCAGCAACAGCAGCAGCUCCUCCGACAUCUCCUCCUACUGACCUCCAGCUUCCGGCCCGCAGACGCCUCGUCCCCGACCCAGAUAAGGACAGAGUUUCUGUAGACCACCGUACUAUACAGCACCCCAUGCUUCAGCGGCUCCGCCUUCCUCACCUUCAUCAAGCUGAUUUUUAGAGUCAUCGGCCUUAAAACUUCUGUCGGUGUGCGACGGAAUCGAAAGUAGAAUUAGAGGCCGCGUGCCUGACGAUCCUCUCAACCUCUCCUCUUUCCAACGUGAGGACUUCUGCAGACUUAAGAUGAAGAGGAGAAGAACCGCGCUUAUCAGUAUUUUCCUUUUUAGAACCGUUUCCAAUUCUCUUUCCAGUACAAAUGUCUGCUUUGACCUUACAGUGGAACGGCUGCCGCCACCCCGAUCGAUUGUCGAGGAACUCCCGAUUUGAGGAGGAUUCUGGGAGGAAGCAGCUCCCACAGGAGAAGAUGAGAUCAAACAAAACCAGAACGAAAAGCUUCACGUUCAGUUUCCAGCAGAUCAUUUGGCUGGCCAAUGAUUCCAAGCACUACAAAUGUAUUUUAAGAACAAAUAUGUAUGUAUUUUAGUUUAGGCCCAAGAAGCAGCAGAAUGUUAUUUUGGUAAGAAAACCUGUUCUCACGUGUGAAGAAAAGAUUUCAGCAUGUGUGACACUCAUUCAGUUUCAGUCCAAAAUGGAGCAGCAAAACAUUUUUCAUUCCAAAAGGCAUCAUUCCAGGCCAAAAAGGAUGAUCCAUUUUUUAAUAUGACGGGGGGGGGGGGGAAACAUGAAGACAUGAAUCCAUUCCACAUAUGAACACUUAACUUAAAAUGUCUUUUUUUUUUUUUUUUUUUUUUUUUUUAAGAGUUUAACCCCAAAACACUUCCUUUUUUUUCAUCUGAGUUCUACAUCCUAAUAUUCCUUUUCCGGUUUUUGUAAAUAGUCCGAAUAUAUUUAAAACUUUUGGAGGCUAUUUUAAAACUUCUAUUGAAGUUUAAAUCGGAGUUUGAGCGAACCAAUCAAAUCGAAGAGGAAGGUUAGAGGGGGGCGUGUCUUUCUUAGCAUCUUUUUGUUGUUGUUGAGGUUUUGGGAGCCAAACCUGCUUUUAAUUUAUUUCUAAUGCUUUGUCAACUCCUUUAGGAAAAGAAUGAAGGACUACGUUUAUUUUUCUUUUUUGGGGUUCAGUUUGAGGAAUCGAACCUCAUAAUCGGGAUCCGUGUUUCUGAAAACAGUCGAACCGGCCGGUGUCACACAGCUGAAGGUCUUCGUCUAUGCACGUUUUAGAGCUGGACUUUAACUGGUCGUAAGCUGGGGGGGGAUCCUCAUAACCACUUGAAGGACAGCAGAGGAGAUCGGACCCACAGGUGGUCCGCUGUCGAGUCCAGCCUGCUGUGACGCUUCAUCCCGUUUUCCUGAACGUCAAUCAGCUGCAACAAUCAGUUCGUUUUUCAUCCACUGAUGUCAAUUUGUUUCAAAAGAAAUCUCUGAAUUGUUCAUGAAUGUACGCCACUUUGAGACUUUGACCUCCAAAAUGUGAAGUAGUUCAAAAAAAACAACAACAUUUCUCCGUAAUGAACCACGACGACACGCGACUCCACCCAUCCACCGGUUUCCUUCCAGGGUUUAGCAAUAAACGGAUUUUCCGCAAGAAACACUGAAACUUUUCCCUCGCUGUAGAAAUGACGCUUCUUGUUUGUUUGUUUUUUAAGGCACACCUGUUCUGUUUUACGGAGAUGUUACUGCUGCUUACUAGAAUACUAACAGAUGCACCCAAGAACUCCCGUCUUUGUACUGUAUGAGAACAAAUGGAGUCGGGAUUGAAGAAACGUUGAAGGAGAAAAGGAAAAGAAAAAAACGAGAGAAUGAACCAAUGAAAAACAGCAGAAUCUUAGAUAACGUGUUAGAUAUCACAAAUCAAGUUGAGUAGGCUUUAUAAUGCAGCAGUAUCUACUCACAACAAGACAUGUACGGUAAGCAAAAAAGUACAACAUUUUGGAACUGAUGGUGUAGGGACUGAAAAAUGUUUGAAAAGAAUGAAAUAAAAUAAGAGGAUCUUUGCUAAAAAGUUGACAAAAGAAAAUUAGAUAGUAUUACAAAUCAAGUUUCUUUAAAUUGUGGUGAUAAAACAUAACCCGUGACUGUGUAGGCUUCAUAAUGCAGCAGGAGAUGCUGGCAUCUACGCAUGUCAAGAAAAGUACGGAAAGCAAAAUAGUACAAAAUUUUGACAAAAAAUCCUAAACUUGUCAAAGUCGUACUUUUUUUCCUUUUUAAGCUUGGUCUUUUUCAUUGGUUCCUCAUGUGAUUCCCUCUUUUCCUUUUGCCUUUUCCUGUUUCUUUGAUGUCUUCUCUCCUGGUCACAUGAACACAAAACGAACGAUUAAUGACUGAACUCAGAACUGUUAAAGUUGCUUGAACUUUCCUGGUGCUAAACUAAACUUUGCCUGUCUAGCACACAAAAAAAGUCCAAACCAACUGGAGGAAAAUAAAGACAAAGAUGAAGGACAUAUUUAGGAAAAAUCCUCGUUUUUUUUAACGUUUUUUGUUUUUUGUUUUAUUAUUUCCUUAGAGACCAACGAACCAAAACUUUGACCAGAAACAUGAAGAUCAUUCAACAAAAAGCAGCCGGCUGCUUGGUUAGAAUUCUAUUGAACAUCUUCGUCUCAGUUUGAAGGUUUCAUGUUUUUAUGAAAAACUAAUGAGCUCAUUGUAUUUAAGGGCACUGAAGGAUGCCGUUUCGAACACUUCCGGGCCUUACCUGAACGCAUCGUGGGGUCACGUGCACUGUAGCAGAACCUGUGGGGUUUUUUUUCUUUCUUUUAUGGGCUGAAUGUCUGGAACCAGAGAGGGCCUCAGAACCACAAACUUCCCUUUACCUGCUGUGGGGUGGGAAUCGAACCCACAGCACAGAAACUGUCUGCAUGUUUGCAUCACAGAAAUCCUGUUUUGAGCUGCGUUACUGUCAAGAAAAACAAAACAAAAAAAUAUGUGUUUGUGGUUUCCUGACUGUGCCUAAAUAGUUCAUGGAAAUCUAAAAUAUUUCUGUCCACCACUAACCUGAACUAACUAACCUGCAACGCUUCUUAAGGUGGACUGAACAGGCAGAGAUGUCGUCCACUGAGGCCUCACUGUGCAUGGCUCCUGUUCUAGAGGGUUAGUUUCAUUUCAUGCCUCACUAUAUUUAUACCUGUAUGACUGUACAUAUUUACAUGUUUGGGUAUUUCACCUUAUUAGACUUUGCAGAACUUGAAAUAAACUAUCAGACUUCU